AAUCAAGCGAAUAGUAAGCGUUCAAAGUAAAGUGCUAAAAGCAAACUUUUCAAAGUAAUAUACCUAGUGAUUUUUAUUGUGCAAGAAAGUUAAAAUUAAGAAAAUGGUGAAAGCUCCUGCAAUUGGUAUUGACUUGGGAACCACAUACUCCUGUGUGGGUGUGUGGCAACAUGGAAAAGUGGAAAUAAUCGCAAACGAUCAAGGUAACAGAACAACACCAAGCUAUGUUGCCUUUACUGAUAGCGAACGUCUUCUCGGAGAUGCUGCUAAGAACCAAGUGGCGAUGAACCCAAGCAACACAGUAUUCGAUGCUAAACGUCUCAUUGGUAGAAAAUAUGAUGAUCCCAAAAUCCAACAAGACAUCCAACACUGGCCUUUCAAAGUAGUAAACGAUUGUGGAAAACCAAAGAUGCAAGUGGAAUACAAAGGAGAAAGAAAGGUAUUUGCUCCUGAAGAAAUAAGUUCAAUGGUACUUACAAAGAUGAAAGAAACAGCAGAAGCAUACCUUGGAACCACAGUCCGAGAUGCAGUAAUCACAGUUCCAGCUUACUUCAACGACUCUCAAAGACAGGCAACUAAAGAUGCUGGUGCUAUUGCUGGUAUCAACGUCUUGAGAAUUAUUAACGAACCUACAGCGGCUGCAUUAGCUUAUGGAUUGGAUAAGAAUCUUAAAGGUGAAAGAAAUGUCCUUAUCUUCGACUUGGGUGGUGGUACCUUUGAUGUCUCUAUUCUUACCAUCGAUGAAGGAUCCCUGUUUGAAGUAAGAGCUACAGCUGGUGAUACCCAUCUUGGCGGAGAAGAUUUCGAUAACAGACUAGUCACUCAUUUUUCUGAAGAAUUUAAGAGAAAAUUCAAGAAAGAUUUACGAAGUAACCCCAGAGCUUUACGUAGAUUAAGAACGGCUGCAGAACGAGCAAAACGCACAUUGUCCUCUAGCACUGAAGCCACUAUUGAAAUUGAUGCUCUCUUUGAAGGAAUCGACUUCUAUACCAAAAUCAGCAGAGCCAGAUUUGAAGAACUAUGUUCCGAUCUAUUUCGAGGGACCCUAGAACCAGUUGAAAAGGCCCUUAAAGAUGCCAAGAUGGAUAAAGGUCAAAUUCAUGAUGUUGUAUUGGUAGGUGGGUCUACUCGCAUACCGAAAAUACAAUCGCUCUUGCAGAACUUCUUCAGUGGUAAAUCCUUGAACCUUUCGAUCAAUCCAGAUGAAGCUGUUGCUUAUGGAGCAGCAGUCCAAGCUGCAGUACUUAGUGGUGAAACAGAUUCAAAGAUCCAGGAUGUCCUUUUGGUUGAUGUAACGCCACUUUCAUUGGGUAUUGAGACAGCUGGUGGAGUAAUGACGAAAAUCAUUGAAAGAAAUUGCCGAAUUCCAUGCAAGCAAACGCAGACGUUCACUACAUAUUCUGACAACCAACCUGCUGUUACCAUUCAAGUUUUUGAAGGUGAGAGAGCGAUGACCAAAGACAACAACCUCCUGGGAAACUUCGAUUUAACUGGUAUUCCUCCAGCACCUCGUGGAGUUCCUAAGAUUGAAGUUACUUUCGACUUAGACGCUAAUGGUAUCUUGAAUGUGUCUGCUAAAGAUACAAGUUCUGGUAACUCGAAAAACAUUACCAUCAAGAAUGACAAAGGCAGAUUAUCCCAGAAAGAUAUUGACAGAAUGGUAGCUGAAGCUGAAAAAUAUAAGGAGGAGGAUGACCGCCAGAGAGAAAGAGUUGCUGCAAGAAACCAGCUAGAAGGUUACGUUUUCCAACUCAAACAGGCUGUGCAAGACUGUGGUGACAAACUAUCGUUUGAAGAUAAGGCCACAGUCGAAAGAGAAUGUGAAAGUUGCUUAAAGUGGCUGGACAGUAACUCCCUAGCAGAGAAAGAUGAAUAUGAAGAUAAACAGAAACAUUUGACAUCAACUUGUAGUGCGAUUAUGGCUAAAUUAUACCAAAGCCAAGGAGGUAAUCAACCUGGAAUGCCAGGCAGCUGUGGACAACAAGCUGGCGGAUUUGGAGGAAAACAGGGUGGACCAACCAUUGAAGAAGUUGAUUAAAACGCAUUUGGCUAUUGUUUGGUAUUCAAUGUUUUUCAAAUUUCCGGUUGUAUUAACUAGGAUUAAAAUUGUUAAGACUGAUAUAUAUUUAGAUAUGUGAUAUUAUGGAUAAUUAUUUUUUAUUGACAAUAAAUAAUGUUUUUGUUAUUUGGGCUUUUCUUUACCCUAUCUAUAAAAGGAUAACAGAACUUUUUUGUUCAUUUCUUAGUAGGCAUAGGUAUAAGAGGUGAAAUGAAACAUCUCAAAAACUCGAAGGCGCCUACGUUGAUGGUUCGCACUUCCCUCCUUAUACAAACUGGGGCCCCUUCGGGCAUACUCGUGGCGUAAAAGAAACGACAAUAUAUAGGAUGAAACAAAAACAAAUAUAUACAAUAAAUUUAACCGUACUUUCUGAGAUCCGAAAAUAAGUCGAUUUAAGAUAAUUUAUUUUUGUAAAAAAUGGAUAAUAGAAAAAGUUGAGUGUUAAGUAGAAAUUUUAGGAGUGAUUUUACUUUAAAACUGAUUUAAAUAUUUUUAUAAUAAUGUACAUAGGGUGUUAUUAUACAGUGACCAAUAAAAUUAAGUUAGUG